CGCCGGUGCGGUCCCGGGGAUUCCUGGGUAGCAGUUCCAAGCGCGGGCGGUGGCCCAGCAAACCCGGGAGGAGGCUCGGCCCCAGCGGCGACCCGGAGGAACCCAGGAUGGUGUGGCCGCCGCUGCUGCUGUCGCUGCUGUGCCUGCUCUGGGCGCCCACGAGAGCAGGGACCGGGACGGUCGAUGUGCAGGCGCCCGCGCAGGUGCGCGGCUUCCUGGGCGACACGGUGGAGCUGCGGUGCAAACUGCCGCCCCUGGAGCACAAAGUGCAGGUGACGCAGGCCACGUGGACGCGGCGGACGGCGGCGGGGGACGAUCUCAACGUGGCGGUCUUCCACCCCACACAGGGCUCCAGCUUCCCCGAGCCCGGGCGGCUGGAGUUUGUGGCCGCCAGGCCGGGCGAGGAGCUGCGGGACGCGUCGCUGGCCCUGCGAGGGUUGCGCGCCGAGGACGAGGCCAAUUACACCUGCCGGUUCGCCAUGUUCCCCGACGGCAGCAAGAGCGCGCGCACCUGGCUCCGCGUGCUGGCCCAGCCGGAGAACGCGGCUGAGACAGAGGAGGUCCCGCCCGGCCCGCUCAGCCUGGAGCCUGUGCCCGUGGCCCGCUGCGUCUCCCGUGGGGGCCGCCCGCCCGCCCGGAUCUCCUGGUCAUACCCGGACGGGAAGGCCAAUGACAGCCUGGUGCCAGGACACCUGCCUGGCACGUUCGACGUCAUCAGCCUCUUAACCUUAACACCCUCCAGCCAGGCAGAUGGCCAGAACGUCACCUGCAAAGUGGAGCAUGAGAGCUUCAAGGAGGCCGUCCUGCUGUCUGUGACUCUCGCCGUGCCUUACCCCCCUGAGGUCUCCAUUUCCGGCUAUGAUGACAACUGGUACCUCGGCCGCAGUGAGGCCACCCUGAACUGUGAUGUCCGCAGCAAACCAGAGCCCACAGGCUACGACUGGAGCACGACCAGGGGCCCCCUGCCACCCUCCGCUGAGGCCCAGGGCUCACACCUCCUGAUCCGUACCGUGGACGAGUCAAUCAACACGACUUUCAUCUGCCACGUCACCAACGCCCUAGGGACUGGCCAGGCAGAAAUGACCGUCCUGAUCAGAGCAGAACCUCACGAGGAAGAGCCACAACCAGGCCUGUCCAUCACCAUCAUCGUGAUCGUGGCGAUCGUGGCGACCGUGGUGACCGUGUUCUUGGUGGCCCUGUUGCCGGUUUAUUUCUGCGGGUUCAGACGCUCCCGUCGGACCCCAAACAGCUCCUCUGCCAAUGGCGAAAGUUGUAUCUCCUACACAGCGGUGGACCUUAAUGCCAGCUCUUCCCAGGACCCGCCCGCGGAGAACACCAGGUGACUGCGUAGGGACUGCUGGAGAGAGAGACUGGGGCUGGAGAGGAUGUGGGCCACCCUGCCCAGUGGAGGGAGGCUCCCUCCAAAGAGACUGGCCACCUCCCUUGUGCCAGGCCGACCUCAAGAAUGACCCGUGUGCCUCACCGUGCCGCAGCAGGUGCACGUUCGGCUGUUCCCCACGACCACUCUCUCAGUGGCUCAGGGAUUCGCUGGAAGGACUCGCGGAACCCAAGAACGCGGUUACGCUCAUGCUUCGGGUUAUCACAGUGAGAGCAUGAGACUCAGGUCAGCAGCGUGGAUGCAGAGCCCCUGGGGGGCACCGGGCUGGACCGACAAGGCACCAGGUCCCAGUCGUCCCGCACGGGCAGCCCCGAUUUCUCCCAGCCGUGACGUGUGAUGGCACAACAGAGUCCCUCCAUCCUUGCCGGACCUUGGGCUGCCCGAAUUUGGGUUGCAGUAUUUAUUCCGGGGCUCCGUCGUGGUAGGGACGGCUGACCACCCACGGAGCUGACCGUCCUCUCCAGCACCUCUGUAGCUCAAAGCCCCACUGUGUUACUAUUCUUAAUUAUUUAUUAUUAUUUUUUUUUUUUAAUUUACAUCCAAGUAAGUUAACAUAGAGUGUGAUAAUGAUUUCAGGGAUAGAUUUUAGUGAUUCGCCACUUGCACAUAACGCCCGGCGCUCAUCCCAACAGGUGUCCUCCUUAAUGCCCCUCACCUCGUUAGCCCAUCCCCCACCCGCCCCUCAACCCCCC